AUGCCAUGCACGAUCAAGAUCCGCCUUGUUGAAGCGCGCGACAUGCCUAUCGAAGAGCGCACGAGCAAGCUGGCGGACGCGUACGUGUGUAUCGUCUUUGCAAGCUUUGAAGCCAAAUCCUCUGUGAUAAAGAAGACGUUGAACCCCAAGUGGGACGAAGAGUUUCGCUUUGACGUCGCGGAUGACUCGGUACUACAGAGUCAACCGAUCGAAUUCAAACUGAUGGAUCAUGACGUGUACACAUCAGAUGCAACAGUAGGAGUCGUGUACGUUGACCUGAACUGUCUGUUGAUGCGAGACGGUCAUGUGAUCCAGGGAUGGUUUCCAGUGUACGACACGCUCCUUGGUGUGCGAUGCGAACUGAGUGUUGUGAUUCGGCUUCAGUACUUUGGAGAUGUCAAUCCUUUUCGAGAAUCCUCGGCGGGUGUCCAGUUCUUUGGACUUUCGACGUUGGAUCCGGGUUUAUAUCGGAUCGAGAGUAUGCUGGGCUUUGUCGAGGAGCUCGUUGUGCAUGCAGAUCCUGAGUACUCAUGGAGUGACAACUUUCGCACGUCUCGAAAGAGCAAUGAACACCGGCAGUUGUUGCUGUAUAAGUUAUCCUCUCAAGUAGUGACACUGGUAGGCAAGAAAGCGCUGGAGCUGGGAGGGAAUGCUGUUUUGGCGUACAAACAGUUCUUUGAUGUCGAAGGAGACAGCGGCUUGGUAGCGCGUGCGUGCGGUACUGCUUGUUACAUUUCAGUUGUGGGAAAGAACGAAGAAAUGAACUUGGCCGAAAGUGGUAGCAUUGGUCAGCAAAAAACGCAUAGUGAGGAUGGACACGACAGCGCGGUGGACUUGGAUAGCGACAAUAUACCUGUGACAACAGGAGACAGUGUGAAUGCGUUGGUGUCUCCUCGGUAUUAUCCACGAAAUCGAGUGCUGUUCAAGUCCUUCAAAGCACCAGAAGCGUUCAAUAUCUCCGCCCACGACGAGGUGCAAUUGAUCACGCUUAAGGUGUUUAACCCUGCGACAAGAAUUCGGUUGGCUGGAAUCGUCAGCGCGCGCUCUGUCAAAUAUUUAGGCAAAUUAGCAACAAAGCUAGCUGACCAGGAAACAAGAGAUUCCUGGUGGCUCGAGCUCCGUGAAGAGAUCCGGGCUCAUGCACAGUCACUGCAAUGCCUGUUUGUUAUCGGCUACACAGAAUCAUGCACGAUCCACGACGACGUCUGCGUACUUUCAGCCUCCGGAACUGCUGCGGUCAUGAAAAAUCCGCUAAAAGAUCGGCCAAUUCAACGAGACGUGACUGCAGGUUAUGAUGUAGAAGACGAGGCGACUGAUGCGCACGCAGCAUCGUCAUCAAUGUUGAAUCUACCACUUCCAGAGUCUUCUGCCCCACUUAGUCGACGGAGUCCUUCGUUCUCCUGUACGAUGCAACCUCCAGCAGUCGUACACCGCAGAGUAAAGACAAGAAGAAACCAAGUUUCCCAAUCAUCCUGUCUCUUGUGCCACAUCCCGUACUCACGAUCUCUGGCGCCCUUCUCCAAUAUGCGUAUGGUCCGUUGCGGAGUAUGUGGAAAUAAAUGGGUUCCAGAAAUGAUGAUCGCGUCCAUCGAACCUCCCGCUGGCCUUGCCAUGAUAGGAAAAGGAACUUUCGUUCAGGCUCGAGUAUGUCGUCAACGCAAGAAGGGCACCGGUGAUGUCAGUGCGACAAUCGUGUCGGAUGCGUUGCCAUUUCUCGAGUACGAGCUGUAUCGACAGCUUAUCGUCAAGAUGAAAGUGCUCGGCGUGAAUGCCGUAUUCGCUUUCGACUCUCAAAUUCAGGUCGGCGGAUCGCUUGUGAUCGGUGUAAUUACUGGGACUGGCCUCUAUCUCCCUGCUCUUCCACCUCCACCAACGCUUCGGAUUGAGCGAAACAUCGAUGUAAAAGACGACGAAGAUCGACGCCUCGUUCAACUACAAGCGCAAAUUGAGGAAGCUAGCACAUUUAACAAGGACAGGCUGCAUCGCGCCUGCGUCUGCAUUGUUCAGCCCGAGUACGAGUAUUGCACCGAGGGAAGGAACGUGCGUAACAGCCAACGCCAGCUCAGCAGUUCCCUGGUGUUGGACCCGGAUGACGCAGCUUGCAAAAUGUAUAAGCGCCUGUUUUUGAAUGCUACGUCUAAAUCCUCAAGACGGGCGCGCCGAAGACAGCUGUUACCUCAGCCUCUUUCCGAAGACAAAAUUCCAGUUUCGGACAGCACAAAUGGGGUUUACUCUUCCGCGCCGGAAAUCUCGGUCUCGCCUCAAGUCGUUGACACAACAACGUCUUAUUGUGGCUUAGAGGCACAACAUGAUCUUAACUCCUCGACACGUGUCGGCAAUGAGUCAGCGACGCUUAGCUCAUCUUCCGAAUCGAGUUCAGACUCGGAGGAAGAAUCAUUUAUCGAUGGUUUUAGCGAUUCAAAGGAGACAUUUGUACUGGAGAUUGACGAUGAGACGGAUGAAGACCUGAUGUCGGUGUUGCUUGAACAAGAAUUGCCAGAGGGAAUAUACAUGUGCAACACGGACCGUCUGCCUGGAGACUUUAUACCUGGUGAGAAUGUGCACCUCAUUGUUUCCAUGAAGCGAGUGGAAUGGGACGAAGACCGAAUGCGGGAUACGCGCCUAAACGAACUGCUGUCGGCCGUAUUCAAGGAGCUCUUCGCGAGUUUGCUAUUCAAAGUUGGUCCGUAUGCUCCCUGUGCCAUAUGCGGCAUCAAGACUCGAGUUGCAGUGGCUUCUGAAACAAUGCUUGAAGUGGUGUUGAGUGGUAUGGCAAUGUUGGAGGGUAAGAAAAGAGGCCCAUGUGACAUCCUUUCGAACGAUGCCGCAUCGACGCUGAAAAAGGAUGAGGUUCCUCAAUAUCCACCUCUGGGCAAGUCUAUUUUGACUUCACCGUCUAUACAAGGCGCUCUGCGCUUCGGUACAGCAGGUGAAAUAUCCAACCUCCAUGUUCGAAUGCCAUUUCCUGAGCGAAAUUUGGCUCACCUGCAUGGGAGCAAUGCCCUGCUAGCUGACCCUGGUCGUGGAUCGACGGCCACGCCAUACGGCCGCGAGUGGAUCGAGCUUACACCUCUUGGGUACAUCCCUCGAGCGCGCGUGACGCGCUACCUCGGUCGCGUGACACUGCAUUUUAUUAAAGAAAGCUGGACGGUGCGUGAGAGCGGCGGUUUGGGUGCCUUCUACCAUUUGUUCUUAUCGGAGGCUAUCGCGAUUGUCCGUGCACACGUGCGCUCGCUGGGAGGAAAUGGAAUGCUGACUUUUCGCCUCGUUCCUAUCGAGUCCAGUCAGUUGUACCGCAAUCAAGUGUACAACAUGAUCAGCAUCACGGGCGACGUCGUUAUGGUUGAGCGUGAAGUGGACGCUAAUAUCGCGUAUCCGUCCAGUCUUUCGGAAUCGAAGUGCCUGCGUGCUGACAAGACGCUCUCGUCAGCGUUCUCGCAUCUGUCAAAAUGA